AUGAAUGACCAGUAUCACCGCGCCGCCAGGGAUGGCUACUUGGAGCUCCUCAAGGAGGCCACCCGGAAGGAGCUGAAUGCCCCCGACGAGGAUGGCAUGACUCCCACCCUCUGGGCUGCCUACCAUGGCAACCUGGAGUCGCUGCGCCUCAUUGUGAGCCGCGGGGGCGACCCGGAUAAGUGUGACAUCUGGGGAAACACGCCCUUGCAUCUGGCAGCUUCCAAUGGUCACCUGCACUGCCUGUCCUUCCUCGUGUCGUUCGGGGCCAACAUCUGGUGCCUGGACAAUGACUACCACACGCCUCUGGACAUGGCUGCCAUGAAGGGCCACAUGGAGUGUGUGCGUUAUCUGGACUCCAUCGCGGCCAAGCAGAGCAGCCUCAACCCCAAGCUGGUGGGCAAGCUGAAGGACAAGGCCUUCCGCGAGGCGGAGCGGCGAAUCCGCGAGUGCGCCAAAAUGCAGCGCAAGCACCACGAGCGCAUGGAGCGGCGCUACCGGCGCGAGCUGGCCGAGCGCUCCGACACGCUCAGCUUCUCCAGCCUCACGUCCAGCACCCUGAGCCGCCGGCUGCAGCACCUGACGCUGGCCAACCAGCUGCCCUACUCGCAGGCCACGCUGCACGGCACGGCCAAGGGCAAAGCCAAGAUCCAGAAGAAGUUGGAGAGGCGCAAGCAGGGCGGCGAGGGCACCUUCAAGGUCUCCGAGGACGGACGCAAAAGCGUGCGCUCGCUCUCCGGCCUGCAGCUGGGUAGUGACGUGAUGUUCGUGCGCCAGGGCACCUACGCCAACCCCAAGGAGUGGGGCCGUGCCCCUCUCAGGGACAUGUUCCUCUCGGACGAGGACAGCGUCUCCCGUGCCACGCUGGCUGCCGAGCCUGCCCACUCGGAGGUCAGCACUGACUCAGGCCACGACUCCCUGUUUACCCGCCCCGGCCUGGGGACAAUGGUGUUUCGAAGGAACUACCUGAGCAGCGGGCUGCACGGGCUGGGCCGAGAGGACGGGGGCUUGGAUGGGGCAGGCACGCCGCGGGGUCGGCUGCAGAGUUCCCCUAGCCUGGACGACGACAGCCUGGGCAGUGCCAACAGCUUGCAGGAGCGCAGCUGCGGGGAAGAGUUGCCCUGGGACGAACUAGACCUGGGCUUGGAUGAGGACCUGGAGCCUGAGACCAGCCCCUUGGAGACCUUCCUGGCCUCGCUGCACAUGGAGGACUUUGCCUCCCUCCUGCGGCAGGAGAAGAUUGACCUGGAGGCGCUGAUGCUGUGCUCCGACCUCGACCUCCGCAGUAUCAGCGUGCCCCUGGGGCCUCGGAAGAAGAUCCUGGGGGCCGUGAGGAGGCGCAGGCAGGCGCUGGAGCGACCCCUGGCCCUGGAGGACACAGAGCUGUGA